ACGCGCUUUCAGUUCGCUGGUGUCAUGUUGUCGAAACCAUUAGCCGAAUAAGCGCUAAUAUUAACCGAUAGAUCCUUCAACGUAUCAUUUCUGAAGAAUCCGGGUUCAUAACUGGCAAAUAGGAUACAGGAAGUGCUGUUUAUAUUUCAAUCGCGGCAGGUUUGUUAAAGUCUGCCUCGUUCGGAUGCUCAGAUACCGACUUCACCAUGAACAAAAAUAAGCGAGAGAAAGAGUUCUACAGCGUAGAUGUCGGUGACUCCACAUUCACGGUGUUGAAGCGGUAUCAGAAUCUAAGACCAGUUGGCUCAGGUGCUCAAGGAAUAGUCUGCUCAGCGUACGACCACAACCUCGAACGAAAUGUGGGUAUAAAGAAACUUAGCCGACCAUUUCAGAAUCAGACCCAUGCCAAAAGAGCUUUCAGAGAGCUGGUGCUUAUGAAAUGUGUCAACCAUAAAAACAUUAUAGGCCUCUUAAAUGUUUUCACACCACAAAAAACAUUAGAAGAAUUUCAAGAUGUUUACCUAGUAAUGGAGCUGAUGGACGCCAACCUCUGCCAAGUCAUUCAGAUGGAGCUGGACCACGAGCGGCUGUCCUAUCUGCUGUACCAGAUGCUGUGCGGAAUCAAGCACCUCCACUCGGCGGGAAUCAUCCACAGGGAUCUGAAACCCAGUAAUAUUGUGGUGAAGUCAGACUGUACCCUGAAGAUCUUGGAUUUUGGUCUGGCCCGGACAGCGGCCACAGGUUUGCUGAUGACACCAUAUGUGGUGACCCGUUACUACAGAGCCCCCGAAGUCAUCCUGGGAAUGGGAUAUCAAGCCAAUGUGGAUGUGUGGUCUGUUGGCUGUAUCAUGGCUGAAAUGGUCAGAGGUAAUGUGUUGUUUCCAGGUACAGAUCAUAUUGAUCAGUGGAACAAAGUCAUAGAGCAGCUCGGAACGCCGACCCAGGACUUCAUGUUGAAACUCAACCAGUCCGUCCGGACGUACGUGGAGAACAGGCCACGGUACACUGGAUACAGCUUUGAAAAGCUGUUCCCAGACGUUCUGUUCCCUGCUGAUUCAGAAAACAACAAACUGAAAGCGAGCCAGGCGCGGGAUUUGCUGUCUAAAAUGCUGGUGAUAGACACAUCUAAACGGAUCUCUGUAGAAGAAGCUCUUCAGCACCCCUAUAUUAACGUGUGGUAAGACCCAACUGAAGUGGAAGCGCCGCCUCCUCUGGUCUUAGACAAACAGCUGGAUGAGAGAGAGCACACGGUGGAUGAAUGGAAAGAGCUGAUCUAUAAAGAAGUGGUGGAAUGGGAAGAACGGCUGAAGAAUGGUGUCAUUCGAGGUCAGCCCUCCCCUCUAGGUGCAGCAGUGACCAACGGCUCACCCCAGCCCUCCUCCUCUUCCUCCAUCAAUGAUAUCUCGUCCAUGUCCACAGAGCCCACCGUGACUUCGGACACAGACAGCAGCCUGGAGGCUUCGGCAGGACCUCUGAGCUGCUGCAGAUGACUAUCACCUUCACCUGGAGUUUCACUCUGUGUGGCAUGGUAUCAGAUUUAGGCCUGUCUAAUUCUCGGGUUGGAUGUGGCUUUUUGAGUUCUGUUCUAGAUGCUGUAAAUUAUUACACAAUUUUAUCUCUUUAGCAGCAAAGCCCCUAACUGGCUUUACUGAGAUAUUCAGAGCUCCUUAACAAAUCUUUUCUUUUUAUAAGCUACAGCUAGAGUAUUUUGUCAUGUGGUCGUAGAGUGAUUUAGGAAGGUAAUCUGUAAGAAUAAAUUGUGAAUAUAUUUUCUCAAAUUAAUUUAUUUUACAAUUUAGUUUCUUCCUAGUCAUUUUGGUUAUUUUCUGAGACAUCUGCAAAAUCCUUUGAAUGAAGUUUAAAUUGGACAUAUUGCACACGACUGCUGUCAGAAUAUUACAGUUAUGUGAGUACAACUUGCUCGAGGUGGCUUUUUGUGGGUCAGUGUUAUCAUCAUUGUGCAUAGCACAUUUUAUUUACAUUUUAAUUUGGAUAUUAAUGACAGUCGAAAAUAUUUUUAUAUGUGCGUUGAUUUAUUUUGCAUAGUUUUGCUGCUGGCUAAUUUUCUGGUGGACUGUGAAAUGUGUGGACUUGUAUGUGUCUGUUUCUUGUUCUAAUUGUUAUCCAGGAGAUCAGCACAUUUUUCCUUCAUUAUUUCACUUUACCCCUUCAAAAUCUGCAUACAGAACAAACACUGAGCAAAAAUACUACAUAGUGAUAGCAAUAUUCCAUUUGGCAUUUUUCUCUUCGUACCCCGAACAGAUAAGGUGAGCAGGUUUUUUCUGUGAUGUUUGGGUCAUAAAUUGUUAAAGCUAAUAGAACAAUUUUCUCUUCGAAAACAAUCUUUGGUCUGAACACAGGUUCAUUGCUAGCAUAUUCCAUUAGUCAUUUAAGCUACUGAUUUUUGUAAAACAGUAGAGUGAGCUACAUUUGAAAAUAGUGUAUUCCAGAUAGUUCUUGGUUUCUUUUCCAGUUUAAUGGCACACAAUGUGCUAUACAUGAACGUCACUGUUGUAUUGGGGAUUGACCUACAGUUUGUGUGUGCAUUGUGACUUGUGAUUUGAAAUACUGCAGAGCUCACUCAAUGUUUGAUAAAAGAUGAAGAUAUAUCAGUGGUGUUGGGCUUUUGAAUGUGAAUGGUUAAGAAUGUUGAAAAGGCCUGACGUUUUGGACUAGAACAUGGGAACCUGAGUGUUAUUGACACGUGGGGUCUGGCCCUUUUAUUUACCUGUGCACAGGGGUAUUUUGCUAUUACUUUAUAUUUUGUUGAAGUGCUCUUAACCGUGUCAAUGACAUUGAGACCUACAUAUUUGUCUGGGAGUUACUGCACCUGCAAAAAGAGCGGAUGUUUCUCAACCUGAUACAUUUUAAUGUCCAUUUCAGAGUCGAGUCUGAACUACCUCACGCUGACACCAUGAAGCCCACGUUGUAUUACUGUAAUAUUAUUUUAGUUUUAUUUAUUUAUUCAGAAGAUGUGGUUGUCGGCUGAUAUGUUGGGAAUAUUUAAGUGUCUGUAUAGUUUUUAAAAGAGAAUCUGUGAGAAUUUGUAUGAUUGUGCGCGUUUAUGCACACCUCAAACUGAGUUUCUUGUUGCCACUAGACCUUUUUUCUUGUUCCAGCUGAUUUAUUAUAUAGCUGAAAAUGAACCAUUUUAUUUCAGACUCGACUAUGUGAAAACGUUAUUCUGUCCAUAUUUUGCUUUUUCCAGAAAAAGAUGAUCGAAUUAUAAAGUGUAGAGACAUGUGUGGGCAAAAUCUUGCAUGACCUGCUUAGCAUUUGAUUCUUGAGUCCAAAUCACUGUACAUGAGUUAUAAGAUCAUGGUGCUGGGGGGGGGGUUUAUUAGCCUUCACAAACUGACGCAGUUGUUUUUAUAUUAGGUUUAGUCGAUGACCAUCUCAUUAGAUUUGACUGGAAUUCAACUGUUAACAUCAUAACAUCAUAACAACUGGAAAAAUAGAAAUAAACAGUUGGAAAUGG